AUGAGAACUGAAAUAUCAUCAUUGGCACAUUUUGCUAUUGCAACUAAAACUCAUUUACCUAAAAAAGACAAAUUAAUGAAAUUUGGUUUUGGAAAUAGUUUUAAAAUUAUAAAUCAUUGUCCACCACGUACACGUUAUGAUUUUGAUAUGAUAAUAAACAUACUUGAUCGUUGGAGAAUAUUAGAAAAUCAACGUAUUAAUUGUACAUUAUUUGGUUGUUCAAAAUUGACAGCAAAAAAUAUGAUUUUAAAUCGUGAAAUUGAAAUAUUACGUACAAUUGAGCCUGCACCAGAAAUAUGGAGAACGAAAGAUGGAAAAAAAACAGAAGUAGAAACACUCAGGGUUGCACGAGCUCGUGAGUGCAGAUCCAUGUACACAGCACUGAUGGUUAAAGCAACUGCAAGUCGUCUUGACACAUUGAAAUGCCUAAAAAAUUUAAUACUCGGUCAUACAUGUGAUAAAUCAAGAGACCUUGAGUAUCUUGUUGAUCAAGAAAUUAAUUUAUUAUCACAAAACAUGCCAGAUAAAAUGAUAAAUCAAUUACAAAAUCGUGUUAAAUUUGCAUUUUUUCAAUUUACACUAAAUUGCUGUGAACCAAGUGAAAUUAAAGUUCAAGAAAUACUAAAAUAUUGCAUAAGGUGUAAAAAAUUAUUAUCAGCAACAAAUUUUCAAAAUAAUAAUACAAAAAUACUUUCAACUUGUGAAAGAUGUUCAUCCCUACGUCCAAACAAAGAUCCAAAAAUUCUUUAUGAACCAUAUGAACAAAUGUUAAAUGAAUUAAAAAAAUCAGAAUUAAGAAUGGGCUGUAAAACAAGUUUGGCAUUUAGAAUUGAACCAAAAAUAUUGUACAAACUUGUUAAUAUUAUUUGGCAUGGUAAAUCCGGUAUAUCAGAAUUUGACGAUAUAUUUUCAUUGAAGCUAAUUCGUUUUCAUUGUAAUACUGAAUGGUCACCUUGGAAUUCAAUUCUACUUACGAAAAGAGAAGCUGCUAUUCAUCAAGCAAUGACUAAUCCUUGGGAACUUUAUGAAUCUAGUUUAAUUAAAAAAUUUUUAUUACGAAAUCUUCAAGCAAAAUUAAAAUUCUCAUGUCAAGUUUAG